AUGGCUUCUGCUAAUACUCCCGUAUCGCUGAACGACGGCAACACCAUCCCCUGGCUCGGGUUCGGCACAGGCACCGCGCUCUACAGCAAGGACGCCGAGGCGCUCGUCGCGUCUGCGAUCAAGCUCGGGAUCACGCAUCUCGAUGGCGCUCAGGUGUACAACAACGAAGACUCGCUCGGCGCCGGGCUCAUCUCGUCGGGCGUGCCACGCUCCAAGCUGUUCGUGACGACCAAGCUCGGCAAGGUGCCGGCCGGCCAGAGCGUGCGCGACACGCUUGUCGAAUCGCUCAAGAAGUUGAAGCUUGACUACGUCGAUCUCUUCCUCAUUCACAGCCCUGGCAAUCAUCCUGGCGAGGGAGCGCUGGGGAAGGUGUGGGCGGAGCUUGAGGGAUUGAAGAAAGAGGGUCUGGCGAAGAGCAUCGGUGUCUCCAACUUCAACAUCUCCAACUUGAAGGCGGUUCUCGAGGGCAACACGAUCGCCCCCGCUAUCAACCAGGUCGAGUUCCACGCGCACGACUACGAGGAAUUCAAGCCGCUGCUCGAGUUCCAGGCCAAGCAUAACAUCAUCACGGAGUCGUACGGAGGGUUCUCUCCUCUAUUCCGCGUGUCCAACAGCCCCGUCGUACCGGUCGUUACCGAGAUCGCCGCUGCGAAGAGCAAGGCCGUCGGGCGCACAGUCACGAACAACCAGGUGCUGGGCCUGUGGCUUCGGGCGAAGGGCGUCGUCGCGAUCACGACCUCCACGAAGCCUGAGCGCGUCUCGGAGUACUUGGCGAUUGAGGGCGUUCCAGCACUUACCGACGAGGAGGUUGCAGCGAUAGAUGCUGCGGGCGCGAAGGAGCACCAUAGGCACUUCGCCAAGUACGACCCUUCUGCCUGA